AACCUUUCUAAACCGGACCUGGCAUGGUACGAAUACUUUUUCCGGUUUGGCAGGUUUCCGCUUUAAACAGGGAUUUUUUGUAAAGCUCCCUUACGAAGAAUUCUUCCCAUUUAGGCAGGUACUAAGGUUCCGUCUUAAACAGUUUUUUUAGCAUAGUAAAUCACCGUUUCGAAGAAUUCUUCCGGUUUAGGCAGGUUUCCGUUUUUAUAAGGUUCCGUUUUGAAGAAAUUUAUACUGUUUACAGAGAUUUCUUUAGGGUAUCCCGCGUGAAACGCCUAAAAUUAUUUAGUUUCAAUUAAAUUUCUCGUGUUUAAUUCUAUUGUUUCCAAGUCUUUAGGCAUUUUAGAACUGAAUUACAUUUAGAUAUUCUAUUAAUAUUCUGGUCUAUAUCACGAAUGUCUGAUAUAUAAUUUGUUGGCAACUUGACCAUUUCAUUCCUUGUUUUUCUAUGGAUAACUCCGUGUGUGCCAGACAAUUUUUUCUUCCCGAAUUUAGUACUGUGAACGUUUUGUAUCGGGAAUACCAAUGUCAAGUUUACAAAUUUUAUAAAUAUUUACCAGCUUUCAGAUUUUUCUUAUGAUGUUUCGUCUAAUUUUUAAUAUUGACAUCAUGUCGCAUCAUAGUGACGAUGCGGGAUUAGUCGCCACGAGUGAUAGCUUUUGGGAACCCGGAAAUUAUAAAAAAACAACAAAACGUAUCGAAGACGGUUUGAGACUUUGCAAUGAUCUAAUUCAACUUAUACAAGAACGAAGUGACAUAGAAAAAACUUAUGCUAAAAAUUUACGUGGUUGGUCCAAAAAAUGGAAUGAUUUAAUUGAAAAAGGACCAGAGUAUGGCACAACUGAGGCUGCAUGGAAGGGCGUUCUUACCGAAGCAGAGAGGAGAUCUGAUAUGAGUAUUCGUGUUAAAGACCGCCUUGCAAAUGAAGUAAUAACUCAAAUAAAGCAAUGGCAAAAAGACAAUUAUCAUAGAUCUAUGAUGCAACUUAAAGAAAAGAAGGAAAUGGAUGAUGCCUUCAAAAAAGCACAAAAACCAUGGGCAAAAUUAUUGGCAAAGGUAAACAAAUGUAAAGUGGAUUACCAUACUGCAUGUAAAAAUGAAAAAUCAGCCAUUAAUCAAGAAAGAAAUGCAACUGGUGAUACAUCUUUAUCCCCUGAUCAAGUAAAAAAACUUCAGGAUCGUGUCACGAAAUGUAAAGAUGAUGUCCUGAGGACCAAGGAACGUUAUCAGCAGGCUCUCGGAGAAAUAAAUGAUUUUAAUUCAAAAUACAUGGAAGAUAUGAUCGUCGUUUUUAAUAAAUGUCAAGAAUUCGAAGAAAAGAGACUUAAUUUUUUUAAAGAAAUGUUGUUUGGUAUUCAUGCUUGUCUCAAUAUAUCAACUGAUACUGAAUUACCUCAAAUAUAUGAAGAAUAUAGACAUACAAUACAAAAUGCAGAUGCUGCUAAAGAUUUAAAAUGGUGGUCAAAUAACCAUGGAGUUGGAAUGGCAAUGAAUUGGCCACAAUUUGAGGAGUACUCCGAGGAAUUCCGUGACAUCAUAGGAAAAAGCAAGAGAGGUGCAUUUACUGACAGCGGAAUCAUGCUUGUUAAUCAACAGAAAAUCAAUGAGGACGUUCCUGAAUUCAUUCCAGAAUUACAGAAUUCUUCUAAAAAGGAAAAGAGAGAUUCCGAUUCUGACAUCAUUAAAAAUAACAAGGAGAAAACUAAAAAUUCUUCGACAAAAAAUCAUUCAGUUAACUCUAGUAAUGGACAGCAAGAUCACACAUCUUACGAUGAUGACGAAUGGGAUGAAUACUGUAAUGAUGCAUUAGUAGAUAAUGGCGAACCAGGAGUCCCAGUGAAAGCUCUCUAUGAAUAUACGGCAACGGAAGCAGAUGAGUUAUCAUUUAAACAAGGAGAUGUAUUUGAAAAAUUAGAGGACGAAGAUGAUCAAGGAUGGUGCAAGGGACGCAAAGAUGGAAAAAUCGGAUUGUAUCCAGCAAAUUACGUCGAAUUAGUUCAUAAUUAAUAUCAGGAAACAAUAUUAUAAAUAUAUAACAGAAACAUAUAUACACAGUAUAUAUGUAAGAAUGAAAGAAAAAAUUUGAUUUAUUCAUUGUGCCAAUGUUUAUUGUUAAGUAUGGCUAUUGAUGCUUGACUAUUAUACAAAAAGUUCACAUUUAUGUGAAUGAGUGGAAAAGUAUGUUUUUAUUUAAAUGUGUUUAGUUUUUGUGUACAGUUGUCCUGACGUAACGAUUUGAUAAUUUUGGUUUUCAUGACAUUUUAAUUUCCCGUUUUCGAGACAUGCCAUUUCAAUCGACGUCAAAGGUAAAAUUCUAUCGUUUCUAUUUUCAUCUACAUAGAAGGUAGGAAUUAUAUUAUCAAUAUGCUUGAAAUAAAUAUAACAAAAAAAUCAAAUGAAAAUAUAUAAGCAAUUAAAAUAUAAUCUUAACAAAAGAUUUAUUGAAAGAUAUUGUUUUAAAUAUCACUGUAAUAUAUGUCUGAUUACUGUUUGUCUAGAUAUAUUAAUAUUUAACAUAUAUAACUCCUUCAAUUUAUGUAAUUAUUUUGUAUUAAGCAUCAUAGAUGUGCUCAAAUGAGAGAUCAUUUUUAAAUUUGUGAAAAUAUUUUAACAUUUAUAUCUUUCAAAACAAAUCAGGAAAUUUUUGAUGAUGACAAUACAGCAGAGUCUUGAUUAUCUGGCAUAAAUGUUAAUAGUAGCAGUUCUGAUAACACAAAUAUACGAAAUUUGAGCUGCAUUUGGAAGUAAAUUGUUAGUAUCAGUAAUGUAAUAAAACCUUCAUUUACUUGUCUGCCAUGCUAUGUGCAAUGUAUACUCUAAGAAAACAAGUUCCAUACGAAGUAAGGCAUUUAGAAAGGAAGAAUAUUACUGUUUGAUGCUUGCACAUAGUUCUAAACUGUACAGAUUUCAGUCAAAAACAUUUUUCAAAAUGUCUAGGGCAAAAAAGGCAAGAAAAAAACUGUUUAAGAUAAUCAGAAACCAGAUAAUCAGGACUCUACUGUAAUUUAAAAUAACUUGCAUUAUAAAUUCACAGGUAAAGACGUAAUUUAUAUUAAUUGUAACAAGAUUACUAAUUUACGUAUUUUAAAAUUUUUGAUAAUUUAGUCAGUUACAAAACAAUUUUACAUUGAAGUAACAAAACAGAGAAAAAAUAACUGUUUUUUAUAAUUUUGUUGUGCACCAUUUGAAAAUAUGCUCUUUUAAUAUCAAAAAAACAAAACAAAGUCGAUCCUAAACAGUUUCCAAUAUUUCAAUUUUUCACAAAUAAAAUAAUAAAAAUACACUUUCUA